AUGAAGCAAAGAUCCGUGGUAUUCGUGCUCAUAGACGGCCUUGCGGAUGUGUCACUGCACGAGCUGAAACAAAAGACGCCACUGGAGGCAGCACCAACGCCUGCUAUGGACGCUAUCGCCCAUGGUGGUCUAACGGGUCUUAUGGAUCCCGUUGAGCCUGGAUAUGCAUGCGGAAGUGAUACGGCACAUAUGUCGAUUCUUGGCUAUAAUCCUAUCGUUCACUAUCGUGGUCGCGGAUCAUUUGAAGCAAUGGGUGCUGGACUUCACAUGAGUAAGGGCGACGUUGCCUUCAAGUGUAAUUUUGCCACUGUCAAGAAGAAUGAAGAUGGUCAAGUAGUUGUUGAAAAGCGACGUGUGGAUCGCAAUUUUUCUGCUUGGGGCAUUGAACUGUGCAGCUUUUUGAAUGGACUGACGUUACCAGAAUUUCCUGGCCUAGUAGUAGCUACAAAACAUGCUACGGAACAUCGUUGUGGCAUUGUGUUCAAGGGUCCGGGGCUUUGUGAUAAAAUUACAGGCACCGACCCUUUGAAAGACAACCUUCCCCUGGUGGUAUCCACGCCGCUGAACGACACCCCGGAAGCUUCAUACACGAGCAAAGUGCUGAAUGCAGUCUCUGACGCUAUUCAUGAGCGACUGUCGAAUCACCCAAUCAACAAAGCACGCGAAGCUGAGAACAAGCCACCAGCGAAUGUAGUGCUGCUACGCGGACCAGGCGAACGUAUUGACGUCCUACCGUUUACUGAGCUGCAUGGAUUCACCCCUUUCAUGAUCGCCCCCACGUGCAUCAUCGCUGGUUUGGGCAUGUCACUGGACAUUGAGAUUGCUACUGCUCCUGGUGCCACAGGAGAUUAUCGCACCAAUUUACGAUCUAAGGCUGAAACGACGUUGCAGCUACUACGGGGUGGCAAAUACGACUUUGGCUUUGUCCACGUCAAGGCAGUCGACGAUGCUGGUCACGACCGUGAUGUAGAAAAGAAGCUGCACUUUAUUGAACAAUCAGAUGAAAUGAUUUCGUUGCUUCUGGAAGGUAUCCACACUGACUGCGGUGAUGAAGACAAUGAGGUGACUAUUGUUGUUACCGGUGAUCACACAACACCUGUCAAAUAUGGAGACCAUACGUUUGAACCGGUACCGUUCGCUAUUGCACGUGUUGGGGCUGCGUACGAGAGAUCACAGGUCGUCAAAAGUUCUGGUGUGCAAACGAAUGGUGACGAUCUACCAUCCAGCCCAUUGACCGACGUGGUGACUGAGUUCUCUGAACUGGCUGUUGCACGUGGUGCCCUUGGUCGUUUUUCCGGUGAUCAGGUCAUGAAGCUGAUUAAGAGCUUCCGUGAAUAUGAGCUAUAG